AAAAGACCACUGCCGGGGUAGAGAUCCAAGGAGAGCGCCAAGAGAUGCGCAUGCGCACUGACCCCGGCGGGCCCUAGCAACCAGAGCAGUGACAGUAGCAACCGCCGGAAUGGCAAAAGCAACAACAAUCAAAGAAGCCCUAGCCAGAUGGGAAGAGAAAACCAGUCAGAAGCCAUCCGAAGCCAGAGAGAUAAAGCUGUAUGCCCAGAUUCCCCCUAUAGAGAAGAUGGAUGCGUCCUUGUCCACACUCUUUAAUUGCGAGAAGCUUUCACUGUCUACAAACUGCAUUGAAAAAAUUGCAAACCUGAAUGGCUUAAAAAACUUGAGAAUAUUGUCUUUAGGAAGAAACAACAUAAAGAACUUAAAUGGACUGGAAGCAGUAGGGGACACGUUAGAAGAACUGUGGAUCUCCUACAAUUUUAUUGAGAAGUUGAAAGGGAUCCAUGUAAUGAAGAAAUUGAAGAUUCUUUACAUGUCUAAUAACCUGGUGAAAGACUGGGGUGAAUUUGUGAAGCUGGCAGAACUACCAUGCCUAGAAGACCUGGUGUUUGUAGGCAAUCCCUUGGAAGAGAAACAUUCUGCUGAAGGGAACUGGAUUGAUGAGGCAACCAAGAGAGUGCCCAAACUGAAAAAGCUAGAUGGUACCCCAGUAAUUAAAGAGGAUGAGGAAGAAGAUAACUAACACCACAUCUUCCACUUUGUGUAACUUAUUUAAAUGUCAUAAGAACAAUAGAUAAGUUUGGUAUAGUUGUCUAUUUUAAAGAUUCUGUGUGGGGCAAAUGGUUCUUAAGAUAAAACAAAUCUUUCAUUCCUUUUUUUCUCAUAACCUAUUCAGUGUUUCUCCCCCAAAAUGAUAACACCAACUUUAUAUAUUCUAGUUCUCUUUUUAGAAGCUAUAAAUUUUCAAUUUUUGUCUUCAGUCCCAGUUAUGUACUGCGUGGCCCCAUCUACUGAAACCUUUAUAGACCAGUCAUUUUUAACAACAAAGGAACAAAUGUGAUUCUUUAUUCAGUUUGUUUAGUUUUUUCAUUUUUGUUUUUGUUUUUUUUUAGGCCAGGCAUUUAAAUGUAUACACUUAACUUUUGAAUCUGUAGGCCAUCUUUCUUGAACGUCCAUCUCUUUAUGACUCAGAAGCACAAAUGUGUCAUGCCUUUGGUUUGGGAAGAGCUCCUCUUAGAAAUAUAGCAGCAGUCCUAGAAUCAAGACUCCAAAGUCCAGCUGGAAAAACUAUGGUGAAAAAAGGAAAAAUUAGUACCUUGGAGGCCUUAUAGCCCAUGUUAUAUUUACUUAUUUGUUGUUCCAAAAGUGUGUGCAUUGUCAACUGGAAUUUAUGUUGUGUUUACCUGCAUGUCCACUCUAGUCCUGCAAACAGCCAGCCAGUCAUUCCAUGAUCCAGGUCAGUGGUUAAAAUGACUGUUAUGAUCACUCCUUUGACCAAUACUUUGGCCUUAUUACACAUACGGACCUGAUCUUAGGCAUACUUUUUGGUUAUAGUUCCUUAUAUUGGGUUGGCCAAAAGGCUUCUUCGGUUUUUUCUAUAAGAUGGCUCUAGUAGCACUUAGUUGUCUUUAACUUCAUUUGAAACAAUUUUGUUAGAUUGUAUUGUGACAGCUGUCGUAUCAGCAUGCAUUUUAAAAAAAAAUUAUCAAAAUUGGUGAAUUUUUGUGUAGCCAUUUUAAUAUUGAAGAUGGAAGAAAAAAAGCAACAGUUUCUGCAUAUUAUGCUUUAUUAUUUCAAGAAAGGUAAAAUCGCAACUGAAACGCAAAAGAAGAUUUGUGCAGCAAAUGGAGAUGGUGCUGUGGCUGAUCGAAUGUGUCAAAAGUGGUUUGCGAAGUUUCGUGCUGGAGAUUUCUCGCUGGACGAUGCUCCACGGUCGGGUAGAUCAGUUGAAGUUGAUAGCAAUCAAAUCGAGACAUUAAUUGAGAACAAUCAACGUUAUAUCAUGUUGGAGAUAGCCAACAUACUCAAAAUAUCCAAAUCAAGAGUUGAAAAUCAUUUGCUCCAGCUUGGUUAUGUGAAUCGCUUUGAUGUUUGGGUUCCACAUAAAUUAAGCGAAAAAAACCUUCUAGACUGUAUUUCUGCAUGCAAUUCUCUACUUAAACGUAACAAAAACAUUCCGUUUUUAAAACAAAUUGUGACGGCCGAUGAAAGUGGACACUGUACAAUAAUAUGGAAAGGAAGAGAUCGUGGGGCAAGUGAAAUGAACCACCACCAACCACACCAAAGGCCGGUCUUCGUCCAAAGAAGGUGAUGUUGUGUACAUGGUGGGAUUGGAAGGGAGUCCUCUAUUAUGAGCUCCUUCUGGAAAACCAAACGAUUAAUUCCAACAAGUACUGCUCCCAAUUAGACCAACUGAAAGCAGCACUCGUCGAAAAGCGUCCGGAAUUAGUCAACAGAAAACACAUAAUCUUCCAUCAGGAUAAUGCAAGACUGCACGUUUCUUUGAUGACCAGGCAAAAACUGUUAUAGCUUGGCUGGGAAGUUCUGAUUCAUCCACUGUAUUCACCAGACAUUGCACCUUCAGAUUUCCAUUUAUUUCAGUCUUUACAAAAUUCUCUUAAUGGAAAAAAUUUCAAUUCCCUGGAAGACUGUAAAAGGCACCUGGAACAGUUCUUUGCUCAAAAAAAUUAAAAGUUUUAGGAAGAUGGAAUUAUGAAGUUGCCUGAAAAAUGGCAGAAGGUAGUGGAACAAAAGGGUGAAUAUGCUGUUCAAUAAAGUUCUUGAUUAAAGUGAAAAAUGUGUCUUUUAUUUUUACUUAAAAACCAAAGGAACUUUUUGGCCAACCCAAUAUGUUAGAUAAGUAAAUAUAUAUAAGCAGUAGUUAUAUUUGAAUUCCUAGCCUAAAUGUUGGCCAUUCAUAUUUUUUAAAAUUUGCCCUAAUAACUUUUGUCUGUUGACCCUCAUGUUGAGAGAAGUGAUUGUUGUAAGGGUGUAGAACUUGAAAGACUGGAUUUGGUACCUUUCAAUAAGUGAAAUUUAGUAUUUCAAAAUAUAUUUUUUCAAAAAGUUUAAGUUAAACAGCUCUUAAAGUGAAUUAUGUAUAUGGUUGUGGAUGGAAAAGAGAUGUUUCAUUAUGGAAUCCCAGGCAAACGGCAUUAUUUUUGAGGAUUGUCUCGUCUGUGAAGCGUAGCAGGUGAUUUAACCUCAGAAUUGCAAAGCAAUAGUUGGAUGCAGAGCUUGGAAUUUAUCAUAUAAGAAAAAAUUGUUUUUGGAAAAUGCAAGAUACAGUAGUCAGUAACCAGAUGAAGUCCAUGGUAGGCUGUGACUGAGUCACUGAUAGAUUGCAAAAAAGAAGUCAGAGGCCCUCUGCCAUAUUGUGCCUAAAGUCCCUCAACCAGAGACUAUUGGCUCCUAUUUCCCCAUUUACUUGUGUAAAACUAGUCAAAGAGGGAAGAGUCAUCUUUAAAAAGUGAUUGCAUAAGUAGUCCUGGCUUUCCGAAGUUUUCAGCUGUCAUUUAAGUAGGAAUUACGUUAUUUCUCUGAGUCACUCUGAUCAAAAGGGACCACUGCUUUGACAAUCAAUUCUAAAUAAAGGUCCAAUACUUUUUUUAGCUUCCUUUUGCUCUUCCUUACAGUCUGAUAGGAAGAAAUCUUUACUCUGACUGGCUUAUACAUUCAAAGCCUUUGACUAUUUCUUUUGUGAACCAUAGGCAAUGAGAAUUUUCCUUGGUGAUGUUUAAACUAAGAAGACGAUCUUUUCUUGUACUCUGCACUUCAUCUAGUAGGUAAGCUUAAAGCCCUAUUGCUAGGUAUGGCUGUAUUUUCUAAAAGUUACGCUGGAAGUGAAUAUAGUAGGGAAUGAAUGAAUGACUUCAUACUGAAUUUAUUUAUAAAAUGGCUUACAGUGUUGGUGUUUGGUUUUUCUGAAUUCUUAAUAUAGAAACUAAUUUUCUCUGUUUCUCCUUGUUUCUUAAUGUCUUUUAAUCACUGGUAGUUCUCAGAGAAGUGUAAGGUGCUUUUCUGUGUCCAUUUCAUACAAAAUUCAUAAUUCAGUUCCACUCAACAAAUAUUGAAUGACUUCUGUGCCUCCUUUUCUUGGAAUUAAAGCCAGAAUCCAUGUUAUUAGAAAAUGGAAGAUAAGGUAUAUGAAGAAGUUCAGAAUAUUCUCUCAAAUCAUUCCUUAAAUCAUCCUUUACUGCUGCAAAUUUAGCUGAUAUUAAAUGCUUUUGGUUUAUGCUUCUUGGAUUAGAUAUUUGACCUCCUUGGAAGAGAUUCCCUCUGUGCUCCUUGUUUAAAGCAUUAUGCCAUUUUAGUGGAUCAUUCAAUUUCUUCUCUUCUUAUAAUGAUGGAAUCAGUACAGUAUUUUAAUUUUUCACAGGAAAUUUUAUUUUCGUCUACCAAGGAAUUCAGCUUUCCUAUGUUCCCUAACUCUAAGCUUAUGGCUGUAUUACCUUGUCAGGUCUUGAAAGGUUUUUGUGUUCUCUGUAAAUAGGCGUUUGUUCCUUUAAACCAGAGUUUCUCAACCUUGGCACUAUUAAUAUUUUAGUCUGGACAAUGUUGUGGGGAGGGGGGCUGUCCUUUGUAGUAUAGGAUGUUUAGCAGCAUCUCUGGCUUUACACAUUAGAUGCCAGUAGAACCCUCUCCCAAGUUGUGACAAUCAGAAGUGUCUUCAGACAUUGCCAUCUAUCCUCUGGGGCAGAAGGGUGGGAACAAAUUCACCCCCGGUUAAGAACCAGUGCUUUGUAGCAACAUUCCUUUUUCCAAGGUCCAUUUAUUUUCACUCUGUAGCCAUAUGCUACCUGAGUUCUUAUUUGAGAGAAGGUGAUGUAUUUAAUAAUCGUGGAUGGAAGGAAAUGGUCACUGGUGUUUUCCUUUUCAUGCUCAUUUUAAUAAUUUUCACAUAACAUUAGAAACUCAGGGCUGGAAGGUUCAAAUUGUUUUUUAGCAGGGCCUCAGCUUUUAUUGUUUAGCAUUCUUAUCUUAGGACAGUAAUUAUUAACCUACCUCUCUCCUACUAUCAACAGAAUCCAACUUUAUGAUAGAUUUUUGCUUUGUCUCUAAAGUUUAACAUUUUAAGUGUACUUUAGAAAAUGGAUCAUCCUUCUUAGGUGUUCAUUCUUUAAGCAUUCAUUGUCCAAUAAUGCACAAAUUUUGUAGACUGUAGCAGUCAUUAAAUACAGAAAAAUAUUGUAUAAAAUUUGGUAAUCAUAUAUGAAAGUAGCUGGUAUAGGCACUGAUUUUGCAUGUGGACCGAAGACUGUCUGGUCAUGAUAACUUGAUAUGGUUACUGGAUCUAUUCCACAAAUAGUGGUGGUAUAAGACACGUAAAUGUGGUUCCUGUAUAGAAAGAAAUUUUGAUUUGAAUAGAUGCUUCUUCUGAUACCUCUUACCAGUGGUCUGAAGUAGAAUAAAGAGGAGUACGAAAUGAAUCUUAACUGUUAACUUAUUCUCAGAGUUGGUGAUGUGUAAGUAGAGUCGAAGGUGGUUAUUUAUGUGACCCAGAAUCUUCCAGCUGGAUUUUUCUUAGGACUAAAUGGAAAAAAGUAUAGGGCCUAGAGAGGUUGGAUUAAAUCAUUAACUUUAAAAAAUUGGGGGGGAAGUGUCAAAGCAUCAAUCAUGAGUAGUCUGAUUGUCUCUUUAACUGCAGUCUGAUUGUCUGUUCACAAAGACCUUACAUUGUUAAGUAUUGGUAAAGGAGGAAAAAAUAACUGCUAAACUGAAAGUUAUACUUUACCAGAAAUUAAUUUCUUUGGCACACAUUUUUGUUAUUUGGGCUGCUUAACGUGCCUGUAAAUAAUUAAAUAUAAAACAAGAUUCAGUGUAGCAGAGUUGGUGCUUCUGACAUAGCUAACUUGACCAUAUUCCUUAAUCUUCAUUUUAGCAUGAGUGUUUUUAACUAUAAAGUAAGUGCAAUAAAAAAAUAAAGGUGUUUUUUUUUAAAUCACUGAACUUUUAGAAAUCCCUCAUCUAUAUCUCUAUUCUUGCCUUUUUAUCAACCACUGACUACAAAGAAAGAAAACUGAAAAACUAGACUGAGUCUUACCUUUUUCUAACCUAAGAUAAAUUUUCACUUGACACUUGGAGAAGUCAUUACUGGAUUCUACUUAAUUUCCCAUAUUGGGCAGGUUAGAAGGGAACCAGCCAACCAAUUAUGAUCUAGCAAAUUUAACAAGGGGGUGGGGGAGAGUAAGCUAUUUUUCAGUAGAUUUGCACUUUAAAAUGAACUGGAUGUUGGUGGAAAGUACUCUCAAAGGGCAGAUGGGUAAAUACCUAGCCUGCAUGUGGAUAUUAGAGAAUCAAACCUCAUCCUUGCUCAUUCUAAGCCCACCUGAGCAGUAGUUGUGUGUCAGCAUAAUCAGAGCCAGGAUUUCCCUAUUUCCUUACUUGGUGUCAUCUUCUAUGUCUGCUACAUUAACAGUCAUCCCUCUGGGGGAUGUAUCAAGUAGAAUCUCCUACUCAGAACAGAAACUUUGUGAGUUAUCUUUCCUACAUCUAGAUUUUAAAAAUUAAUUUAGAUGUUGGCUAGAUUAAGUUGUGGCUAAUGUUACAAGGGUGGGGAGUUCUUUGCUUGUUUGAUCAGCAGGGUACCUGCCUCUGAGGUGCUAUUGCCUAGAGCAAUCAAUCCCAUCAAAAGACUGGUGAGUUGGUAGCUGUAGAAAAUAUACAUAUGGCUAGCUUCUCCCAGGGUGUCAGUCAUGAUCACGAGCAUCACUCCAGAAUCUUUGGCUUCUAGAACCAACUCCAUUCUGAAGAACAUUUUAACAUCUAUUAAUACGUCGGUAAUAAUCUUUUAUAUGCAGGAAUUUUGUAGCAUGUCUUUAUGACUAAACUUACUGUUAAAUUAUUUAGAAAUGUUGAGUUUCUGAACGUUAUUUUGUGAGACGUUUUAAAAUAGUAAUAAAUUGUGUUAUUUUAUAAAAAAAUUAAUGUGUAUC